CGGGUAUUUCUCCUUCGGUUACUGGCUCGAAAUUUGAAUUUUUUUCGGAGGAAGAGUUGAGGCCGAUUCUGGAGGUGAAGACAUUAAUAUAGGUGAUAAAUAUUGAAGGCCAAGUUUCUCAAUGUGAACAAACGAUGUCUUCCUUUAUUAUUGGCUCUAGCAUCUUGUACACAGAGAGUUUUCUCCUGAAUCGGUCCCCUGACUAAAUCAAUGUGAACAGAGCUAUGUUCUUCUGUGCUGAAUGGUUUUAAUCAUGUCAUGUCUCUGCUAAAUGUUAUUUGUGAAGUUCUUGAGUACUUUGGAAUAUCAUCUGACAUACUCUUAUCACUAUGGCAAAGGAAACCGUAUGGCCAGUCUCGUAGCAUUGUACGAAGAAUAGGUUCAGCUCUUCCAUUAAAUCAUUGGCCCAGAAUCUGCUUUCAGCUUUUAGAAAGGCUAAACAUACCUGACUUCAGAACGUACACCCCUGAACCCACGGUUCCAUCUCUGGCUGAUGCAGCAUGGAUUGCUGAUGAUGAAGGUGAUACUUUCAUUCGAUUUAGGAAUGAAGUACGCACAGCAAAAGUUCAAUGUAUGAUUAGUUCAGUGCAGGAGCAUUACCAGUCUACAACUUCGGUAAAUCAUUUAAAAAGAAAGAACAAUACUUUAUACCAUGGAGUAUCGAAUGAAAAUGCCUUAAAUAAAAUCUCUCAACUUGAAGAUGAAUUGUCUCGUCUGAGGUCGCAGAUUGCCAUGAUUAUCUCAGGACAAGAUCAAGGACAAGUUUCUGAUUGUUUAAGGCAGUUAAAAUCAAAUGGUUUGGAAUCAAAUGGCUUUUCUGUUCCUGGUACUCCUGCCUUUGUUCCGCCUCCAAAAUUAGCAUCAACACCACUUGGUGCUCUGAGUAAUCCAUCGGUAGCAGCUACUGAACAAGCAUUGCCACCGCCACCGCCACCGCCACCACCGUUAACUACUGAAAAAAAUGUUGCUGCAUCUGAAGAUCUCAAACAAGACUGCCAGGCUUUGAAGAUACGUUCUAGAGAUGCAACCAUCAAACCAAUGCUAACUAAGAAACCCUCAAAUUCCUUUAACAUGAUGAAUGUAUUGAAGGAUAUGCAGAAUGUCAAAUUAAGAGUAGUAGAAAGGUCACCAGGAGGGACACCUGUAGGGAAGAAACCUGCAAGGAAACCACAUAUUUCUGAUCCAGCAGCACUUAUUGCUGAAGCUUUAAAACAAAAGUUUGCACACAGGUACCUUAAUGAUUCUUCUGAUAAGGAAAAUGAAUCCUUUGAAUUUUCUCCUCUAUCAAGUCCAGAGACUUCAAGGUUUGGGCGGCACAUCCAAAGACAUGACAACCAAAAUACUGUGAAGAAUGGUAAAAUAGUGCAACCAGGAAUGUAAAUGUUUGCAAAUACUAUUAAUUAAUCAGGGGAAAAGAAGUAGGGCAAUAUUGUUGUAAGGGGUGUUUUGUAAAAUGGAUACAAGUGACGGGAGAGAAAAGUCAUGCACUGAGUAUAACUUGAUAUUUAGGAAGGCUAGUGCAAGGUAUUGUAAAUUUUAAAUGUGAUGCUUUCUAAGUUAGCUAGAAUUUGUUAAACUAUUCUUGUAAGAAUUUUUCCAAAGAGACCUUAUUAAAUUCAAAAAAUUGCAUGCUUGGAAAAUUUUGGCUAAUGCUGUGUCAGCGCUAAAUAAUCUUUUUAAUUAAAGUUUCUUUUAUCUUUGGAUUAUACUUGUAAAUUUUGAAAUUAUUGUUUCUCUAGCUGUGAUUAGAGUUAAGUGGGAUAAAGUCUUGUAAAUGUACAUUUCAUCAAUUAAACUGAGUGACAAAUGCUUAUUGUUUGCUUUAAUUUUUACUAAGUGCUACUGAAUAUGAAAGCCAUCUCCACAUAAAGCAUAUUGGAUAUUUAAUGUAUUUUAAAUAUUUUGCUUCAGAUUAGGUUCAAUUUUUGAGGCUGUAGAAAGUAUUCCUUUCAGUAAUUGUGAUUUCCUUGGGAAGCUGUUGGAGGAUGUGCACAUAUCUAUUUUCUAUUCCAAUAUUUCAUUUUGAAGGAGCAGAUUGCUUUGUUUUGAUAGGGACAUAAAAC